GCGCUAUUUCACCCCCUUGACGUUCCAAGAUGGCGGCGGCGUGUCGGAGGCGUCUCCAUUCGCACAGUGCUCGACGUCGGGCAGUCCGCGUACGUUCGCAACAACGUUCCAGCAGAUUAACGCGGCGACGGUGGCAGAUCGAGCGGCGCAUCGCACGCGACCGCGACACCGCGUUCCCAUUACGCGCGUGAGACACGCGUGAUUCUACCCUCCGGUAACGUUUACGUCGCCGACGCGCGUUACUACCCCUCUAUACGGCGGAGCAGCGAGGGCCGAGUGCAGCGUGCGGGUUACGCGGCCGCGGCGGGUCGACGCGGAAGCAGCGUGAAGAGCAGCGAGAGAGAAAGGGAGGAAAGAGAAAGAGAGAGAGAGGGAGGAAGAGAGGUGUACGUGUGUUCGGUACGUGUGAUAUUCUCGAAGGGUUCUCGCGGCGCCGCGUGCUUCUUCCGGUCUUCUUCGUCCCUGUCAUCCCCUUCUUCUCCCUCCCUCUACUCUCUCACUUACAUUCUCGCCCUCUGUCUGUCUCUCUUGCCCUCUCUCUCUCUCUCUCUCUUUCUCUCUCUACCUGUCUACUGCUCCGAGAAUCCGAGCGCGGUUUCCUCCGUUUCGUUUUCUCUCUCCGCUCGUUCCUACCCUUCAUUCUCGCUCCUUUCUCUCUUCUUGCUAUCUUUAUCUCUCUGUCAUUCGGCCGGGCGCUCACACACGGUACCGUGGUGAAAUGCGCGUGACCGGUCGCGCCUCGGAACGACGGCGACGACGUGCCUGGCGUCGUCGGUGGUGCACGUACCCCUGACGAGCACGAGAGACACGGCGACACGGCGACACGGCGGCACAUCCCCCGCGGUCCUCGCUACUAUGAUAAUAACGAGAAGCGCGACCACGAAGACGGCACGGUGGCCGCUCCUCCCGAAGCGAGAGACGCUCGGCCAAACUCACUGCAACGGAUCGACGACGACGACGACAACAGGCUCGCGUAACAAUGCCACGGUGAUGAUGCCUCGCGUUUGCAGCCGUCGCGGGUCACAAAAACAUCUGCAGGAACAGCACCGUCGAAUCGCAGUCAAGUCGGAAGCGAAUAGUCGUCGUAUCAUCGCUGCCAUAUUAUCGCUGUCAUUGUCCACAUUGCCAGCGUGCGAUCGGUGCUAUCGACCACGAGAACGAAGACCUGGUAGCAGCAGGAAGAGUCGCGGGAUGACGCGAGGACGCGGACGCCGAUGAUCGCUUCUUCAAUCGUCGGAAUGGACUACGUGGUUGCGCGUGACCGAGCGAGAGCUCGCUACCGCUACUCGCCGAGCCGAUGAUGAUGCACAGUGCGACGAUGACAACGAUUAACGCGGUGACCGGGUGAACGUUGAUCCAUCCCGGGCCGGACUCCUCGCGACGAUCAAGUAACGACCGACGGAAGGCCGAUCGGUGGUAAUAACGGUGUGCGGUAGUCAUUCCUCGCGCCGAUCGAUCGUCAUCGCGCCGGGAAACAGUGUUACAAGGAGAGCGUAUAGAGGAACUCGUGUCACGUACGGUCAUCGGCCAGUGUACACGCAUACAUACGCAUGUACGCACGCACGCACGCACGCACCCACGCACGCAUACGUAUACACGUUGGGUGAAAGUGGGAGGGGGUGGACUAGGGUAUAGGAGCGAGGGGGAGAAAAAGAGAGGAGCCAGCCAGGUAUCGUCGCCGAUACAUAGAUAAGCGUGAUAAAGUGCGGACGGACACUUUGCCGCGGCCCGCGACAGUCAACCUGUGACAACCUGUAGACGGAACAUUUAUCAAGACGUGGAAAAAGAUUGACAAGAGAACGAGAGAGAAAAAAAGAAAGAGAGGUGGAGGAAACGUAGUCGGGCCGAUCGUUGAGUUUACCGCGAGUUCUCCGUUUGCGUGUAAUCAGCGCGUACGUCACGUAUCGCUCGACACGUAUCGUACACGCACACACACACACGACUUAUAUGUACAUAUGCAUGCAUGCACACAUACAUAUCUCGCGUUCGUAUGUAUAUUGUACGUUGAUAGAGGCGCAUAGUGAGCAAAAAACAGAGAGAUAGAGAGAAGACAAGGUAGAGAGAAAGAGAAGGAGAGAGAGUGGCAGAAAAAACGAGGAUUAUUAGUGUAGGCGUACAGAGGGUAGGAGCCUGUAAUAUCGUAUACGAAGGAGUGUGUCUACGCGUGGAUCGGCGUGUUUCAUCAUCAUGUAAAGCAGCAGCAUCACUUUCGUACGGAUCCUUAUACAUGCCAGACCGAGUUCCCUCCUCGCCCGAUUAAGGACAACUCGAGGAAUUUAGUGGACCGAUCGAGGAUCCGCCGACCAUGUCGCUGCUCAGCGUGACGGUGAAGAAGGCGCGGUUCGUUUGCGAGGAUGCGGAUCAACUCAACUCUUACGUAACACUGAAGCUAGAGAAUGUCAAGUCGACAACAGUCACUGUGAAAGGGGCCAAUCCAUGCUGGGAACAAGACUUCCUCUUCGAAACGAAUGACAUGAAUGCCGGGCUCGUGGUGGAAGUGUGGUGCAAAGGAUUCUGGUGGGACCGCUCUCUCGGCUAUUACUAUCUGCCACUGACAGAGGUGCCCUAUAUGAAUGAGGUAACGAGAAAUCAGUGCAACUUAAAUCGUACAGCGGUACUGCACCAACAAUCUGAACGACACACAUCGCCCGAUAUGCGUGACACCAACAGCAACACACAGCAAGCCAGCACCACCGACACGGAGACUACUGGCCAGUGGGUCGGCCUGGAUAUGGAGCUGGAGCAGAGGGGUUCCGAGGUGAUCGGUACAAAGAAGAAGCCGACCGGCCACUCGCUUCUGAUCGAUUGUCGGCUGGAGCUGCCGUACGGAAAGCGCGUACAACGAACUGGAUGGAAAGCCCUGCUAACGAGCGAAACAGCAAUGCAGUUGCGAGCAGCCCGGCCCAUGUGUGGCUCAGACCCCGACAACACGGAUGCGGCCGAUCUGCAGAGGAAGCUGGAAAUGCUGAACAACAUGAUGGACCAGGAGACACGGGCCGAACAGGCACGAAGGCAGAUAUUGUACAAUAUAGGCCACUCGGGAUACUCGGAGGACUCUGACUACACGUCGGACUUGAAUUAUCCAGUAGGUGGACAGGGUGCGAACAGCUCGGCCUCACAGUUUCGCACGGCGGCGAACCAAUUGGCUACGCCUCAGAGAUCCCUCGAGACGUCGAGAGAAAACAGUUACGAGAGAGAUGAUCAUCAGGUUCCAGUCACCGUCGGAGGAAGACUGGCACCUAGUAAUUACGGGAGUUACGGAAGCUCGGCUCACAGUCCGAGAUACGACGAGCCGUAUCCGGAGGAUGGUCUACCGCAGAGGUACUUGCAGACCCAGCAGCAUCCUUCAGAGUCUUCCGAGCCACUCUUCUACAACAGUAGACCGAAGCACUACAAGGAAUACAGACGACGGAAGCACACGUGGGAUUACGAGGACAGCCAAGACGGCUGGUACAGCGAGGGCUAUGAUUAUUAUGGCACGACGAGGGUCGAUGACGCGAGAAUUUAUAGCGACACCGAAUACUACUCGAACAACUCGACGACUACCGCAAGAAAACGAGGAGGAAAAGCAAUUCCGUACAGAAGACCGUCUCUGGAAAGACAGAUGACUCUAUACGACGAUCACUCGUAUUACGCCGAUGGAUAUAGCAGCGACGGUAGAGUGGGUAAAAUGAGCGCCACGUAUCCUGAAUGCGAGACGGAUAUUAGGUAUAAUGAAUACUACGACACUAUAACGGGAUAUGUCUAUCAAGAUGAGAGAUAUGGUCAGGACGAUGAGGACAGACAGUGGGACAGUGGAGGGAAAUGGUACUCGGGGAGUACGUACUACGAGAAUAAACGAAACAGAAAGACGCUUCCGCAGCGGCCGGCCUCGAGCAUCGGUAUACACCGGCCGGACUACAGACCCGCUGUUAUCAGACAGCGUAGCUACGAAUCGGACGAACUUGACUAUAAUGGAUACAAUUCUCGUCGUCGGAAGGUCCUGCAGCCUCAGCAACGUCCAAUGUCCCGGCAGGAGGGCGGCACCGGUAAGAAACUACCUCCGACCCCGACCAAGCCGAGCAGCGUGGUGAUCGGCCGUAAGCUCGCUUCUCUGCCUGCCACGCCGAGCAGACAACUGCCAAAGACCAGGACGCCCUCCGAGGAAAGCUACUACAAGCCUGACUACAACGAAGACUAUAAUUACGCUUAUCGUAGUCAGGACAAUCUGCCGCAGGACACGUAUACGGACAACAUUUACGGCCAGCAACAGCAACAGCCGCAGCAGCAGCAGCAGAGCAGCCAGAUCGACCAGGUGGACAAGGUCCAAUAUCCUGACGUGAAUGAGGGUAAUCAGUACGGCUACGCGACGCAGGUCGACGGUCAGUAUCCGUAUCCGGAGCCGCAGACUACACAGAACAGCUACGGGCAAAUGACGUACGCGCAGCAGAAUUCAUACAAGGACGAGUACCAACAGCAGCCUUACGUGCAGCAGAACGCUCAGGUGUAUCAGGGAUCCUAUAAGGAUACGACAUAUCCGACCGCCAGCCAGGCGAACGAUCAUCAGUACGUGAAUCAGACGAAGAAUCAGUUCGACAAGCCGGAUGGCAUGAUAAUCGAGGACAAUUAUCACAACAUGGGUUUCAAUCAGAACAACGUGCAGUAUCACGAUUACAACAAGCAGCAGGACAUUUAUCAGGAGCAGUAUGACGAUUACGGCGUCUCCACUGUACCGUCGAGUGUCUACGAUCAGAACAACGUGACGAACACGUACAAUGAGUAUCAGUCGGAUCAGUACGACUCCCAGUACAAUAUCAAUACGUCGACGGAUUAUGAGAAACCUUAUCAGGAGACGUACAAUCAAGUGCCUGUUACGUCGCAGGAUAAUUAUCAGGAAUCCUAUACGAAGCAGCCGCAGGAAGACUUCGUAGAUUAUCAGACGCCGUACAGUAAGCAAGAGAACGUGCCUACGACGUACAUGAACAAUUAUCAGGAAUCCUAUCAGGAUUACACGGAAACGUACGAUGAGUAUCAAGAUUCGUAUCAGGGAUCCUUCGAGGAGCAGCGUUACAAGGAGAGCCCGGCGACAGCAGCGGACAGGCGGCAGAGCGAAGUGCCCGAACUGUCCGUGACCACGCCUAGAGGCCAGACGCGGACGAACGGUUAUCCGUCGAGCGACUCGGAGUAUCUCUAUUCGCAGCAGGAGAACGAGGAUGCGUCGUCGACGUUGAGCGCCUCGAGGAGGAAGAAACUCAGCGGCAAGCGCGAGACCAGUCCGCUCCUGCAGCAGAACACGGACUCCCUCGAAUCCAGAGAUGACGAGCUCAAGGACUCGUUCGAGACUGCCGUAAGCUCCAUCGCCAGCAGCCAGCUCAAGAAGGGAUACAGCGAGUACUCGACUGCCGGCGACUCGAGUCCCGCAGCUACCACCAUGAUAGAGUCCCCUCAGAGCAUCGCCCAGUCUCAGAUGACGUCGAUGGUCAAUCAUGUGUCGGUGGCCAAUCAUGUGACUACCACCGCAAUGAUUCACGCCAGCACGAACCUCGUAAACGGCAAACGACCGUUGGCCAGAACGGACUCGUAUCAGGAGGAUGUCAUCGAUGACGAGGAAUACCCAGAGAUCAUCCCGAAGGAGCCGCAGCGGAAGGACUCGCAGCUGUCGCAUCAGAGCCAGCUCAGUCAGCACUCUCAGUCGACGCUCGGGCAGAAGCCUAAACUUACCCGCGGUGACUCGUACAUUUCGGACAAUUUUCCCGAAGAGUCCUACAGCCGCAGGGACUCGUACGCGCAACUGUCCAGGAAAGACUCCUUUUCGUCGAGCACGCAGGAUGGUUUCAAACCAUCUCUCACCAGGACCGACUCGUACCAGCGCGAGCUGCGGGGUAGUAAUUACGGACAGAGUUACACCGCGCCGCAGCCCAUCUCCAGAGCGGAGAGCUAUCAGCGCGGUCACUUCAAGGACCAGGAGUCGAUUGAUCAGAGCGACAUUGUGCUAAGCAAUACGGUAAACGGAGACUACCAGAUGCGGGAUGAGACUCUUGAGAGGUACGAGCGCGGCGAGGAGGCCUUGCUUCGUAACUCUCGAGAGGACUCGCUGGUCGAACAAUACAAAGGCACUCCGCCUUUAUCGCACAUUGAAAGUCCGCGCGGGAGCAUAACGAAGCAAGCGUCGUUGGAUGAAAGCGUUCAGAUGGACACGCCGCCGAGAAGCCCGCCAGAACCGCCACCGGACGCGGAACUCCUAGAGAUGGUUGGCGUCGUACCGGUGCCCACGCAGCUAAAGGAACGUCCGGAAAUGACGGCGCGGCAACGGUGGCAUUGGGCGUACAAUCAGAUCAUCAUGCAGUUAAACGUGAGUAUUAAAAUCGUGUCAGUUGUUCCGAUUUUCUUAUCGCUGCGACGUGCGACAUUGCGGACUGCGACAGGUGAGUCUUAUUUUCGCAUAAUGCUCUGCCUUUAAUCGCGUUGUAUCGAAAUGAAUAUUACGAUAGCAAAAAUUGUGUUGUAAACAUUCCCGAGAAAUGAGAACAAAAAACAAGUGUGUCUUUAUAUUUCGUUAAAAGUUCAGUCUCGGAAUGUGUUUCAAAGUGUCACUUGAUGAUGUAAAGCAAAGCUUGACUUCCCGUUUGCAACAUAUUCUUUGUAUACCGUAAACUAGUUUUACGGAAUGUAAAAUGCAAGUAUUCGGAAUCAGGGGUUGUUACAUGUGCGACGCAUUUUGAUCGUAUGAUGUUUCGAGUGUCUCGAGUGUCAUAACUAUGUUAAAUGAUAUGGAAAAGUGCGCUUUCUUUUUACUAUUAUAGCUGUACAUUUUCUACCUGUUAUGUGCUUUGUUUGAGAGCUUUAAACCACACUCCAACCAUUAACGAUUGAAGUUGGGGAACAAUCAACGUUUAAGUGUCUCAGACUUGACGACCAGCUACGAGCAUUGAAAUAUAUCGGUCGUACAUGUAAAAAUGUGCGAAUGGUAUCUUUGAAUGUGUGCACGCGCAUCGGUUUAAUCCGAAGCGCGAUGAAAUAUUUAUAAGAUGCGGCGCAAUAUACGAGAUAUUUAUAUGUAAACUUUCGUUUCUUAUUGCCAGUAAUAUAGCAUCCACCAUAAAACUUGCCAUGAUUUCACUAUUUUAAGAUCAUUCGGAAUCCUUGAAACAUGAUGGUUCUGCCUGCAAAAUAUUGUAGCUCGCACUGGAUCUUCGUAAUAUCAAGCUCGUUUUAAGAGAUGGCAUUUUAAGAAUUCUGCUUCAAUUCCGCCAGAGUGUUGAAUCUUAAUUGGAAUAAAAAACAGUUUAGUAUCUCGCGACAAAUCGAUCUGCCGAAUCUUUUGCAAAGAAAAGCAACCUAGGAAAAUAUUGACGAGGGAAAUGGCAAGAGGAUGGCAUCGACGAUUUAACCCUAAAGUGCUCGCAGCUCUGAAAGGGGUUAACAGUGUCGUGUGACCGCCGUAUGACGGUUCGCUUAAACAGUUUCGAAAUCUGAUACACGCGCGAAGGGUAGCGUGUCGUGCGCGUUGGCUGGGGACGAUAAAAUCCGGUAGUUUCUCCGUGGGUACCGGGUAGAGGGUUGCCUUCAUCUUUGGUAUACUCGACUUUGUCGAGAGACUAUCCCCGGUAUAUAUACCCAGUCUUUUAUAUUGUGACAAGAGAGCACGGGAAUAUGCCGGAAGACAUAUAGGCACGAAAACGAGAAAAUGCUCAGAAAUAUUUUAGCCAGACGAUAACCACGUUGUUGUGUUUACGAAUGCUGCUUGAAAUUAAAAAGUUGAGAUCUAGAUCCAGAAAUAAAAAUUUGUAACUUUGGAACCUUUUCAGACAAACUUUCCCAUCUUUUUCUUUUUGUGCAAUAAUUUAAGGGAUAACAGGGAUCGAUAAAAAAAAAGAGAAUGCAGAAAAUCGAACGAUAGAGUCACAAAGAACUUCCGACAAUUUCAAGGGCUUGUGGUAUGGUCUUUUUUUUAUAUCCGAUAUCGAAACGCAGUAAAUGCAUUUCGAUAGGCGCACUCAGAAAAGCACUCGUGUAUCCGGAAAAUCAGCGGCUUACUUCCUGUACCGCUAAUUACGUCCCUCGUUUAGCGGAACAUACCGAUCCCGUCGAUUCGUCUCGUGCAAUUUGAUCGGGAACACAUUAUGCUGAGUGUGCAUAUAUACUGGACUUGUCCUAAUGGUAUGUAUCUGCGUGCGUAAAUUCUGUCGCACUGCGCUCGAUACAGACCGAAUUUACAUGAGUUUACUCUAGCCCACCGUAUCGUGUAAGAGGUUCCCCAGCGAUUUGCACGCGCCCACGCCCGUAAAUUCUACGCAAAACCCAGAAUCUUGUCUAUAUGCUCUCAAUUUAUCUCGAGGAAUGGCCAGGAACGUUAUCCGGAACGUCGGAAAUUUAUCUUCUUUGCGACAACGUGUCAGACCGUCCGACUGAGAAUACAAGCAAAAAUCCAGCAUCGUUUUCUUUCUUCUCCACCGAGAACUGUCCACCGGAGAAACGGCGUGAUUUUUUCUCUCCCUUGCGUCAUGUCGCGAUUUUUUCUCUCUCGUGAAACGCAGAAAACGCGAGGCGUAAAGCUCGACGUUAACAAUCAGGACGAGCGCGGGGGACCAUGUCGCCCGCGGUGAUCCUCGCGAAAUACAGCGUUGGGACGAAUGGAUGAACGCGAUGAGAAACCAAAUCUGUGGUUGAAGCUGGAAUUGAAAGACUGACAAGUCGAAAGGAGUGAGUCUGAAGAGUCGAUUCUCCUCACGAAAUCGCGCGUUGCAGCACGUCCGAAUACCUCGAAACUAAAUGAGCAAGCCGGGUUUCGUUGACCGUAAAUGUUUCACGGCUUCCGUGAAUCUCACCAAUCUCGCCUUUGAAGAAGCAAGGAAGGAGAACUCAAGACGUUACCGUUCAGAACCGAUAGUUCCCGGCACGUUGUAAAUACGUACGUGAUAAAUGAGAACGAGAGCCCUUACGACGCGCCAACUAACGUGCAUCCGUAAAGUCAGCGAAUGAACGCUUCGACAAUAGCACGCUCGGAAUCGUACGCGAAGAUGAAGGAUCGUUGGUGAAAGGAGAAUUGAUGUAUCGACUUGCGAUUGCCUCGAGCAAUUCUCGUUUGGGAUCAUAAAUUCUUGCAAUGAAUUUCACGUGGAGUAUAUCUCACCAUUGACACAUCUGCGUCUAUUUGAAAGAGCCGGUAAUUUCAUACGUCAGGUUUUAUACAUAUUUCAUGACUGACUGAAAGAAGAUGAGUCUAGGUCCCGUGAGAUCUGAUAGUCGGUUAACAGAUCGGAAGAAACGACAGGAGGAGACAAUCUGUAAGAUGCACCACGAGCGACAUUACAUUGCAUAGUCCCACUCGUUCGUUUUUACUGCUGGCCAUCAAGGUGCUCGUCGAUAACCGCGAGUUACCGUUACUAGAACUACCACGUAAGCAUCCGACAAAGACGGUGAUUCUCGGGACAAUCAACCGAUCGAACUGGAGCGGAGCCACUAAUCAAACUCGCACAAUUCCCUUGUUCCCAAGUAACCAGGCAGCAGUAGCCACAUCGACGAGCGUGACGUGUACCAAACUCCGGGGCAGACUGAUCUCGACCUUAUGUAAAUGAUUUCUGAGGCCGAUAGUUUCCGGCAAGAUAGCACCCGGAGCCUCUCAGAAAUCGUUCAACUGGAAUUGUCUAAUUGGAGUUCUCUGAUGGCCGACGCAUCUGGGCUCUUGUCUGGAUCGCUGGCGAAAUUAUCGAUUCGUGAGUAGUUAUUCUCGUUACUGUCUUUUCGGCCGCCCCUGGCAAGCCACUUCUGCAUGCACAUUAUACAUUAUACAUUAUACAUUGUACAUUAUCGGAACGAAAGAUAGAUAUAACUGGAUAUAAUACCGUCCGAUAAGGCGAUGGUUAAAAGUGUCACCGUCCAAGUUUCGUGACGGUCUCGGACCCGCGGCUUCGAUCCCAGCAGAAAUAGUAUCCAGCGCGGAAUAAAAGAGAGAAAGAGAAAGAGAGGCAAUGAGAGAGACAUCUCGGCAGAUUCCCAGCGUGAUCAUAAUGCCCCGUAUCCGAUCAGAUAGCAGGAGUAACCUCAGUCGACCGCGAACGAACGAGGUCAUCGAAAAUCAUUAAAAUCGUUACGAUCUCAUUUUCAGCGCGUAUAACUAAUCCACGAUUACGAUCUUGUCCGUGUUGAACCGAGUGACCCGCUGGCCUCACGGAGUAAUCUAUAAUCCAGCGAGCUCCGUGCGUAUUUUCUCCCAUUAUCGACCAGCAAUCCGUUUUUCAUCGAAAUUCGUUCGUUUGCUCCACGCGAGCCAUUGUGCUCCGCGAGCGGAGCUCUCGCGAGCGACGCGGAAUGUCGCGACGCGCGCACCAGGAAAAGAAACCGUAUGGGAAAGUGCUCGACGUGAUUUACGAGGUCGCGCGAAAUUUAUGACAAGCGGCUUGCCUUCAUGCAUUUAGUUCCCGUGUAAUUAACGAUUUUUGUACAGAGCAUGCGCCCGCCCGGUUAAUUCGACCCCUUUACGAUCGCCGCCUCUGUACCUUCUCGCUUCAUCCGCGCUAUCUUACCUGAGUUCCUGGAAAAUAGUAGCCGGCUGCUAUAUUAAUAUUAAUGAAACAUCCUCCACGCGGAAAUGAAAGCGGCAAUUACGGACUUCAUAACCCCGUUUCAUAACGAUUUCUUUGCGCGAGUCAAAGUAGCAGCGUCGGAUGCAAAUUCCUCGCUCUUCGAUCUCGAAUUACUCGCUGUCCCGGUUUGCAUCGUGAACAAUAUUGCAAACGCCUAGUCCUGUCAUACCGAGUGACAAAGUUGCUUUGUACGAAAGCAGAUUUCAGAUGGCGAACGCUGACGUAAGGCAGACACGAUGAGGAGCACGCAGUGCUUGAGACUUUGCUAAUUAUCAUCGAGUAUUCCUCGUCUCGUGAACAGUGAGACAGCCUCUCGGUUUCGGUACAAGUUUUCUAAUCAAGAACAGGUGUUUCCCGCGUACGCGCUUGCUGUGCGAGAAGCGACGAAGCGCAGACGAGCGUGAAUCCACGCGAACUCGAAAGUAAAAGGAGCAGCUGACGUGGAACGCCUUUGAAAGUGGGACUGUGAGAUUUUCUCUAACAACAACGAGAGAACUAAAAGGCGCUGCUCCCUGUCGAAAAGAACAGGCCGGGAGACAGUUGUCUUUCAUGUGCACGUUCUCCCCCGUCCUUCGCCACCCCUUCACUCUCUUUCCGAUUCUUAUAUCGAGUUCCUCGGUCCCCGGGCUCAUCUUCGAAUAUCUCUCACCGACGUGUCUCGCCUUACCGACGAGUCGCGCUGAUUUCGUACGCUUUUAAGUGCUUUCCACUGUAAGUUGCGAACUUCCGAAAAAUCUACCACCCGUCGUAUUCCACGCCAAAUUCUAAUCCCCGCAGUUCGGUAUCGCCUUGCGGGGUGAUCCGAAACAUUAGAUCCGCAUCGAGCGAUGUUGCAGUCUCUUAAAGCCCGUAAAGCCUCGCGCAUGUAUAAGCAUGCAUGUCUGAGGAAUCUCUCCACUAGCAAAAUAAUUUAUCGCUCUCUCGUCCCGAAUAAACAGGAUUGGCGCGAGGGAUGGAAGAGGGUGAAACUGCUCGGUCGAAUCUGCCAAAUGGUCGGACCAGCUUGUUGCGUUUUGACCUCCUGGCUGUUUUCCAAGCACCACGACUCGCUGUGUUUCGCCCACUAAGUAAUUGAAGGACCGCUCGAUCGAUCACGAGCGAAAACGCUGACUUGUCGUUGCCGGCAAACCGAGAAACGAGGUACGGGGACCGAUGUCAUAGCCGGCCGGAAGCGGGGAGGAAACGUCUAAUUCACCAGUUUGUCCGUGAAUUACGAGCCUCCGUCGACUCGCGAUUUCAUGACGUCGUCGCGCAAGGACUGUCGUACUAUUUCCGACCAGGUUCAUUCAUCACGCGGCAGUUCUGGGUGUCUCGUUGUAUAAUAUCAUCUGCGCCACGCGCCAGCGCAAUCGUCUGUAUUUCUAGAUACCAUGUUCCUCGUAAAUUGCGGUUCACGUUUCCUCGAUUGCUUGGAGGAUUCCUCAAGGGUCGCCCUAAGCGGAGUCGAUUACCUCCCCGUGGAAACUCGGAAACGUUGGCGGAGUUCCCGCGAGGCGUCUCCUGCGACGUGUCACUCCUCAAGAUCAGUUGUUGGAUUUAACACAUUUUGCGAAAUCGAAUGAGAUUUUCCAGCGUGACGUGACGCUCGUCGCACGGAUUGAAAGCUAAAAUGUCGCAACAUGUUUAGCUUAAAUGUACAAGGACCGAGGAAAUCCCACGUUUUAAUUGCGGACAGAGAUUCUCUCGGUUUCGUGCUGUUAAUUGAGCAAUUGAUUAAUUAGGUCAUCACGAUCACGUUGUUCUUGAUGACACGAUCCUCGUUUUAAAGCAGCCGUUAACGAUUACAGACCCGACGUGCGAAUCCGAUGCAUUAAGGGCCCGAUUGCUUAUUAUUCCGCGUGAUUCGCAACGUUUCUCGUUGCUGCAGACUAGCAGUCAGUACAGUGCCUGCUAAUAAGCAAGCCAAUUACUAAUAAGCCGUACUACGAUUCAGAGCGGCGUUGUUGGAGUAACAAUUUUUCUUUUAUCGUCUCCCUGUUGUUCGAGAGUUCGUACAAAAGAAGCGCGCACUUAACUUGACCUAAUUGAUAGUAAGCUCUUACCAUUGGACGAGUUCGACCACGCGAUUGGCAUUUUUAUUUUUACCCUUACCGUUUUCCGAUAUUCGUUGCAUGAAAAUGAAGAGAGCGCACGCGGAACCUGCCAUCGACCGAAAUAAAUUUUAUAGUCGCGGAUUGUACCGAAUUCGUCGGCGAGUGAACGCAAAGGACCGACGCAUAGACACGAUUCUUUCUAUUACUAGUGCCUGCAUUGACUUUCGUCAAUGCCGAACUGGGACCGUUUGUACGUAAAGUAAAUUUAGCUAGCAUCCGGCGUCACACAAAGCCGAGAAAUAAAGGAUAGAGAGGGAGAAAGAGAGAGAAAGCAGAAAGACGUUUGCGCGAUUCGCUCUAGUGCUUGCAGAAAGUUUUCGACUCGACAAUCACGAGCGAGAGAGAGCGAGAAUGCCAGAGUUUACUCGCGUCUGCUUGCUUCAUUUUCAAGGCGGUUAAUUUCCUUUGGUUUUGUAAUUUAGUGUUCUUGCACUCUCCCUCCGCCGAUCUCGGGCGCGAUCUGCGGCACUGCGUCUUUCGGCUUUCCGUUGAGCCAGGGUUAAAUAGAGUUUGCCUUCUUCCAUCUCCCUUUUAAUACGUUUCUUUAUCUUCUUCUUUCUCCAGCCUCUCCUCCGUACUUGCCAUUCCCCUCUCAAAUCUUAGAUCGACCUUCUAUCUUAUAGUUGAUAUUCAAAUUUUGUUUGCACGCCGCGAUGGAGAUGGUGGGACCUCUAUAUCCGAGCUCGGCGUUCUUUCCAGGUCUAGCCCCCUAUUAUAUCUCUCCUUUUAUCGUCGGGAAUUGUGACACGAACGUGGAGGGUAGCUAGCAACCACCCGAGGAGAUUUCGAAGAAAUCGCGAUACCCCGACGCGCGCGCGGGCGCACGCGACACGAUUGCUGCUUUAGAAAUUAGUUCCGAUGGAGUUAUCUCGAUCGUGCGGUUCGGAAAGCGGCCAAAUGGACCGCACGAUAAUGCAAUCCUAGAAAAUAAAUACCCGCGGUACGUUUGACCCGGCCGGAGACCGCCGACGAUGAAACGAUAAAGCGAAAUCACUCCUAUAAAUCCAGACAAGAAUCGGGUGACUGACGUUGACAGAGCAAAGCGACGUUUAACCCUCUCGAACAGGUUGGCAAUUGAUUACCCGGCUUCCGUGAAAACCGGCAAUCAUUUCGGAUGCCUAAGUAACGCCGGUCUCACGACAACAAGUGGUCAUUCGCGUACACCCGGCUUCGUACAUCAACUACGAGCUUCGUUCAUCGAUUGCUAUGACGAGCGAUGAAUUAACUAUGACAAAUUUUAUUUGCGUCCACACAGCGAUGAAAUUCCAAUCUUCUCGCCGUAACGUCGUUCGAGAAAUUAUUCCUGAGCACGUGGAGUUCAGUAAAUUAUCUCGUCUCACAACAUGGAGAGAUAUCCUUUACACGUGCGCGGGCUUCAAUCUGGUUUUCUCGGUCGAUCGAUACUCACCGAAGGAGCUGUUUAAACUUGGACAAAUUUAAAUGCUUAAUGUCACGUGAGAUUAGUGAUACCCCGCGGUGUUGCAUUGUCGGGCCGCUUGUGACAUUGAUUACGUUGCUCAGCGCCGCGACGCAUAGCGUAGCGUCAUGGCGCUACGUCGGUGUCGUCUAUCCUUCUAUCUAUCGGCUGCUUUAACGCAAAGUGUAACUAUAACGAAACGGCGAACUGAGCGCGUCGAUUUUAACUCCGUGUUAUAGAUAUAUCAAGUUCCGCCUGCUCCGCACCCUUAAUUACGGCAACUUGCGGAAAGUUUGCGGAUCCGCGCCCGCAUCCGAGCCAUUUUAACUUUCCGCCGACAGAACGCAAAUCCCUUAUCCUUAUUCUUUCACGGUGCACGACCUUUCGGUAAUUCCGACCGCAGCACCUUGUUUUUAUUCUGCUACGUUGUCAUCUUGCACCCUGUUCUACCUUCGUGUCCUGCAUUUAUCUUCUUUUUCUCUUUCUCACCCUCUGUCUGCUUUGAAUUACUUAUCCAACACGUUCCAAAAGCCGCGUAAUAGUCAUUAUUGUAAUGAAAUGGGGAGUGGUUCCGUUAGAUAGUAUUAUCCUGACGUAUUUACUGACAAAUGAUAACAAACGCUAUAUCACGCGGUUUUAAUCAUUCUGGGAACUGUACCACUGAAUCAUCCCCGCAAGAAGGAUGAUGCGGUUCAUACACGAGGACAGGAUAAUCAUUUCAUUUUGGUAACGACCCGCGCUAGCACGCAUGUGCGAUGCACGCUUAAUAAGCUUGCCAUUGUGCCAGGGCGAACUAGUUCCUAACUAUUGUAUAAUGAAUGACCGGAUUAAUUAACGAUCCUGUCGCGACGUCUUCGGAUUCGAGCUGCAUAUGUUCUCACACCGUGCGAUACGAUCGACCGUGUUUCUCGCCGGUGUUUUUCAUGUCACUCCUGAAACGAUUCAUCAGAAAAAGUGGAUACUCCUUGUUCCUUCGAUCUUCCCCCAUUAGCUCUCAUUACUGGACGGCGUACUGACGGACACGUACGGACGGCCGGGAAGGCCGUGACGGAAAUAAAUUGAAGCGAUAAAGGAGCGCUAGGAGGUUCCUUGUUCCUUUGAUUAAUACAGAACGCAUCAGUGCUCCGUUAAUUCGAGAGACGGCGCAGAAAAAAGCCCAUCUAGAUAAUUCGGAAUAAUAUAAUAUUAUUAAUACUAUCAAGUUCUCGAAUAAAUGGCAAAGUUUCGAAUAAAUAGCGGAUCAGCUCCCGAUCUCCUGCUUGACUAUCCCUCGCGAUUAUCUCGUCAGGCCGAGAGAAGUAAUCGCACGAGGGAUGGACGCGUCAAUGCACGAUCUACGCGGCCUGUACACGCAACGUACACGCUUAACUGUGUGCGAUCGUGUAAUGCAGCGUAAUAACACGCCAGGCUAUUUUUCACUCUAAACACCGAGUAUAAGUUUCCGACGUGCAGCUAUCAUGCUGUUGCUGUGAUCGAAAUUAUUUAUGCGGUUGUAAAUCCGACUCUGCGUGUCUGCGCGAAUUUAUGUUGCCAUUCACUGCCAUCCGAGAGCUCUUCGUGAACUGACCAGAAUCAGAUCAAAAUUGACUUCUGUUCCUCGGCUACGCGCAGCGAGUGCACGCACGCACCGCAUCUCGGCAGAAUGCGCUUGUGUAUUUUAUGCCGUACCGACGCGCUUGGUUUGGAGCCCGCCAUUUUCCCCGGACGCAACCUUAGGGGUUAGCCACGGUGGUUAACGACGAAGAACCGGUCGCUCCAUCCCUCUCUGCCUUUCGGUUUCUCCCCCCAUACCUCUGCCUUGAAUUCUCCUUCUCUUUCGCUUCCCUGCUCUCUCGCUCUCUCGUCUCUCUGCCUCACACGCUCUUCCUCUCUCUCUCUCUCUCUCUCUCUUUCUCUCUCCUCCACCAUACCAACCCCCUCCGUCCCCCCUCCCGGAAAAUCAAUAUGAAGUGGCGUUGGUAUACGACGUGGUGGCUGCUACCGCAUGUGCUAUCUCUCUCCGUCCACCACGACCUUUUUUCCUAUUUCUGCGUCCCUUCACCCCUUGGCUCUUCUCCUCUCUGUAUCUCCCAAUCUUUUUUUUCUUUAGAUUUUCCUCUGUGUCCGGUUUUCGUUUCCCGUUUCUCUAUCUCGUUCCUCGCACGUGCGCUGUUCGGCUCUCCACCGUCCGGUCUCCUCAGCUAACGCACCUUGUUCCUCCAGCGUGAAAUCCACCUGGGCUUCUCCAGGGGCGCCAGAAUACAGGCGGCAACCUCCGGUCUUGCCAGCGAGUAGCGGCAGAUCGGUCACCGAGUCACCAGGACUCAUUCGUGUUGGCUGGUUGGCUGGCCCCGCAGGUCAACAUCCACUAUUCCGCCACCACUGGUUGAAUACUGCCGCGUGGCGGCGCCAUGCAUGUCGCCGUACCCUCCAUCCCUCGCGCGAGCGUGCCCUCGCCGAUUCGCUCGUUCAUCCCCUUCGUACUUUGUUCGAGGAGUAUAAUUUCUCCGGAGAUUGCGGGAUUCCCGCCGGGCAACGCUGAGCGAGAGAGAAAGAAAAAAAUGACUGACACGAGACGAGAGAGAAAGAGAGAUAAGUCGCCGUGAGGUCGCAAGGAAUAGACAUUGCGCCCCUUUCGUGUCCUCUACCCCCUUCGCAUUACUUGAUCUUAUCUGGCGCGAACCGCCCCGCGCGAAUGCGGCGUCUACGCAAUUUUGCACACCGUCUCGAUCGAUAUAUCGCCGUCGCGGCACGCUAACGACGCAAUGCAUCGUGAUCAGGUUCCGAUAACGUUCUCCGUUUGCGUCGGUCUUUUUCAUGUUGCGUUAGGCGACGCAAGAAAGAGGUUUCUUUACAGGCAACACCCGCAAUACUUAUUUUUCAUACGGGAUACACGGGAUGAAAAUUCCACGAGCUUGCACGCGCGCAGUCCGUUGCCUGAACAUUUUCAAUAUUACAUCGCAAAUUUUCAUGACGGAAGAUUUAUCCUGGAAAAACAUGUGCGGAAGCAUCUCCGUGGUUACAUUUAAAAAUAUGAAUAAACGAGUCAGAGAGUAAACGCGCAACGCAAAAAUCAAGCAACAAAGGUUGCGCAAAAUAGUCAUAAAUUGCGCACCGGGUUCGCCAAUCGUCCUCAGAAUCUUUUUCCUCUUGCAAUAUAAAUCUCGCUCAACAUAAACUUUACAACGCGCGGGUACACAGAGAUAAAUCUAGAACCAGACCAAGAUUCGGAGCGGAGAAACGCACACGUUUCACAAAAUUUAAUCGCGGGGUAAAACGUCCGAUAUCCGCUAGAGAACGAAUCCUCUUUCUCCCCUAGGUACCCUACGGAAUGGACACGGCACUGCGCGUCAUGCGCGGUGGAUGCCUCGGUCGGCAGGGGUGGUGGUUCGUGCGCCCUAGGGGUUGAUCGGCGCCGCCGUACGGCGACUACAGGGCGCGGGAAGGGUGGGUUUGGCCAGGUAGCCGUGGCGAGGGGAUUGGCGGGGCUCGGGCUCGGACGGUGGUGGGAAGAAGUGGUGGUGUUACGGCGAGGCGAGGCGAGGCGAAGCGACGCGAGAGGACGGGCACGCUAGGUUAGUAGCGGAGGUACACGUUGUACCAGCCGGCAGUAGCGAGUGCCGUGCUUAACACGGCCUACACGGCCUUCCCGCUACGCGCGUACACCGUAUAUAUACCGGCGGCCGCCCUCGUCGAUCGGCUUCUACUCGCGUCGCGUCGGGCCGCGUCGCCUGUCGCAGGCGUCGCGACUCUCAGCCGCGCGUGUAUUCGCUUAUAUCGGUAUACGCGCGAGAGCAACUCUCGGGGUUGAAAGAGAGAGAAACGCGCGCGCUCUCCCUGCAAGGAACGACCGAGGUGCGGAUAAUAAUGGUAGCGGGGAAGUGCCGGCGCCGUCGUCGCCGUCGAGUGGCGUCCCGCCGCCGCCGGCAGCCAGAACGACGCUACUACUACUCGCGUGAACAACCCGGUGAAGCCGCGGAGUGAACGGCCCCUCGCGUGAUCGAGCUUCCCUCGUUCCAGCACGCCCGGCGUUUCGGGAUUUUAAGGCGUGGAGGACGCCGCCGUGGACGCGACCCUCCCGUGCGCGUGAAUUCGACGGCGAUGCGUCGUCCUCGUCGGCGAUGCGUGCGCGCGCGUGCGUGCGUGCGUGCGUCUCGGCGAGCGGGGGCGAGAUAAAAGAGCCUUUCGCACUGCGGACACGCUCGCCCGUGUGCCGAUCGAAGGGUGUCUAUGCCCUCCCGUGUGUGCGCGUGAAGCGGCGUGAUCCUCACGCGGCGAACGAUCCUCUUUGGCAGGAUCGGCAGGAGCUCGCGGACAGGCUCGAACAUUUCCCCGUGCGCGUGAAAAAUCGUGAGUGCGCGAGCGAUACGUGUGCGCAUCCUUCUUCUCGGAUAGAUAUUUUUUUCUUUUUUUCACGUGAAAAUAAUAACGAGAGAAUGGGAUAUAACUCGGUCUGUGUGCCCUCCGGCAUGAGUCGACAAUAUACACGCUACCGCCGAAAUCGAUUAGGGUUGAUUAAUUAAAGUCGGAAGACUGAAAUUCGAUAUGACCAAACGGACGAACGUUUUUUCGUACAAAAACGGGUGAACGCAAAAAGCGAACGGCGAGAAAAAUUCGCUGUCAAUUAGCGCAAAUAAAACAUUUACUAUUUGUGUAAAAACGAAAAAAUGCAUUCAUCGGUGUACUAUUUGAUACUCCAUCUGGAUAUGCGUAAUCGAUGUUCAAAAUUUCGUUCGGAAAAGGGGAAACCAAUAAAAAUGGAUCUUCCCACGAUUCUAUCAGAAAAGAGAAAAACAAUUAGCCAAUUAUGCUCGUCAAGGAUCGAUACGUUAGACAAACAGAUGAUAGGCUUCCCGGAUUCGCAUAGUUUGCGCAAAAUAAAAGCGGACGGACAAUUUUAGCGCUUCACGAGGGUCAGCCGAGCUUGCAACGAUGCUCUCACGAAUUGCAAACUUGUAGUCAAAAGCUCCGAGUUGGUUUUACAAUCAAACGUAAUAAAAUUCCACGGCCUCGCGUUACGGAUAUUGAUACCGCGGAUAAGCCGCUCGUAACCGCAAAAAAA